GCGAGUUCAGGCGUGGGACAUAAAAAAUGAUAAGAGUGUAAUUUGUCUUAUCAUUUACAAAUGCGCAAAUCACUUAAUUUCAAGCAUCACACCAGGACGGGCCCAUUGCGGAGGAACCAUGCCGAAAGUGAAAGGUCUAUUGGAGCGUCUCAAUGAUGGCGAAUACGUCAUUGUCGCGGAAGGCUACCUUUUCGAGUUUGAAAGAAGGGGCUAUCUCACCGCCGGGCCUUAUACGCCCGAGGUCGUGCUGGAACACCCCCAUCUCGUCAAGAACAUGCACGAGGAGUUUGUCCACGCCGGCAGCGAUGUCGUUCUUGCUUUCACGUAUUAUGGAAACCGAGAGAAGAUGCGUCUGAUCGGUUGGCAAGAUCGUGUAGAGGAGAUGAACCGGGAGGCUCUACGCCUCGCCAAGGAGGUGGCUGACGAGACGGGUACACUGAUGGCUGGGAACAUUUGUAACUCGACCUACUACAAUCCGAAUGAUGAGUCGACAUGGGAGGACAUCCGCCAGGGAAUGGAGCAACAAGUUGAAUGGGCUGUCGAAGCAGGUGCUGACUAUAUAUUGGGGGAAACAUUCUUUGAAUACGGCGAAGCAAAGAUGGCGCUGGAAGCUAUCCUAAAGAAUGGACAAGGGAAGCCAGCAGUUAUGACCUGUGCGCCGUCGGUUACCGAUAACGUCCUGUCCCAGUCCAUGUCAAUGGUCGAGGCUUGUCGCUUGUUGGAGGAGCAGGGGGCGGACGUGAUCGGCCUCAACUGUGCUCGUGGACCCCAGUCAAUUUUACCCAUGAUUAGAGAGGUCAGGAAUGUCUGCAAGGGCCACAUUGCCUGUCUCCCAGUACCAUAUCGCUGUGAUGCUGAGCACCCAACCAUGCAGACACUCAAAGGACAUGACACAGGUACUCGGGCUUUUCCAAUCGACCUUGACGAAUGGUUUGUCGGGCGAACUGGGGUGGAGAACUUCACCAAGGAAUGCAUGGACAUCGGUGUCAAGUACCUUGGUCUGUGCUGCGGGGGCUCCGCACACACUCUUCGGACCAUGGCGGAGACAGUCGGGAAGAAACCAGCUGGAAGCAGGUACGCGCCCAAGAUGGAACUGCAUACUCACUUCGGUGAUAAAAAGCGUGGAGUUGUCACGUACGAUAUGUCCAUCAGGGAUCAGAUUGAGGGUGGCAUGAACAAAUAGUGAAAACGUCGGUGAUCAUAGACCAAGUCUUAUCAUAUAGACGGUAGCUCAAAUACUCCUGCACUAACAUUUUUUGCAAAUUGUGGUCCCAGAAUUAGGUCAGAUAUACAUGGAAUUUCAAGGGAAGAAAAUUCUAAUUUCUUAACAACACGGACAUAUAUAAAUACAUGUGGAGGCCAAUGGUUUCGGCAAAUCUAGUCCGAUCACACGACAUUGUAAAUGACAGAAGCCCGCUGUCAAUAAUCUACAUUUGUUUGUCAUCGUUCAGACGGCGACAUGACAAUUGUUCGUAUGCAGAAUGCACUUCUGUAAGCUAUGUCCGUCACUUACUUCAAUAGAUGUAGUAUAUAAUUCA